AUGGAGCAGGAAACCCAAGCAGACUCCACCAUGAGCCCCGCAGAAAGGCUGUGCAAAGAGUACAAAUGGAAUAGGAUGUUGGCGGCAGGAGGAUGUGGAUUUGUCUUUGCUGGGGUUCGCAUUGAGGACAACUUACCAGUGGCUCUCAAAUUCAUCAGAAAGCAUAUAGUGGCAUACAUAGAUGUGGAGAUGGAUGGAUCUUCAGUCAGACUUCCUAAGGAGGUCUACGUCCUGAUUCGGGCAGGAGCAAGCCCCACCUCCUCAGACUCCAGAGUGACUCCGCAGCUGCUGGACUGGUAUGAGCUGGACCAGGAGAUUGUGUUGGUGCUGGAAAGACCAGUGCCCUGUAAGGACCUUUGGAACUGGACCCAAAGACGACACAUCAGCCUCGACUUGGCCAAAAUCAUUUUCCGUCAGCUGGUGGACGAAGCUAUCGAGCUGGAGUCUAAAGGCAUAUUUCACCGAGACAUCAAGCCUGAGAAUGUGCUGCUGGAGACAGGCUCCGACGUCCCCAGAGCCAGGUUUAUAGACUUUGGACAUGCCACCUUUUUCACACCUGGACAAAAGUUUACAAAUCCGCAAGGCACUCCAAUGUACUCCUCUCCAGAGUGGUUCCGUGAGAACAACUACACAGCAGGACCCACCACGGCGUGGCAGAUGGGCUUAGUGCUGUAUGUCAUGCUCUUCAGAAGAAGGCCCCUGAUUAAAGAGGUGUCCAUCACCUCACUGAGAAGUGUUCCAAUUUCAACCUGUCUUCCACCAGACUGCAGAGACCUGCUGAAGGGCUGCUUGGAGAAGGACCCUCGAAAACGCCUGUCCCUGCAGAGUAUCAGAGACCAUCCUUGGUUAAACUUAUAGUAAUGGCUCUGUCUUACCAGCACAUACAGGGCUUAAAGAGGAGGGUGGACGCUCGCCAGCUCUUAGCUGGACCCUCCUUUAGGGCUGAGUACCGAAACGCCGUUCCAAGUAGGAACCGACCAAAGGGUCCGCCUGCAGAGGAAAUGAAUCUUGGCUUGUAAUCCC